AUGGCACUCGAGAAGCCCACCAUGCAUGAGCUUGACCCCAAAGUCGAUGCAAUUGGCGAGGAUCGCGUGUCACAGAUAGAUGAUACAGAGCCGGAGGAAUAUACACAUGCCGAAACCCGAAAACUCGUUCAUAGGAUUGAUCGACGUCUCCUUUCCAUAUGUGGGCUCAUGGUCGCCGUCAGUUUGAUGGAUCGAGGCAACGUUUCCAAUGCUUAUAUUGCUGGAAUGGGUAGAGACUUGGAGCUCACAGUCGGGACACGAUAUUCGAUUAUUGUCCUGAUCUUCUUUGGUCCCUACAUCGCGUUUCAGAUUCCUGGUGCGGUCAUUGUGAAGAAGCUGGGACCGAGGUGGACUCUUCCAGGGAUGACCAUGCUCUGGGGCUUCCUUGUCAUUGGAUUUGGUUUCGCGAACCACUGGACAGUCCUUGUCGGUCUCCGUAUCAUCCUGGGUAUCCUUGAAGGUGGCUUGUUUCCUGGUGUCAUCUAUCUAAUUUCGCUUUACUACACGCGAUACGACAUGGCUAGACGUUAUGCCUUCAACUACCUGGUCGGGUUGGUUGGGGCAUCGUUCAGUGGCAUCCUGGCAUACAUCUUCAUACAGAUGGAUGGAUUGGGAGGACUGGAAGCCUGGCGUUGGAUUUUUGUUAUGGAGGGUAUUGUGACCUGCGUUGUAGCUGGAGCCGCAUUUAUAUUUCUUGUGGGCUACCCACACAACCCCCAGGCCUGGAGAUUCCUUAAACGCGAGGAGCUGGAUUACAUGAUCCGACUCAUUGAAAGGGAUCGCCAGGAUACCGAAGCAGACCAAAAAUUUAAUCUUGGAAAAUUUCUCCGCCCUGCGCUCGACUUGCGGAUCUGGGGUUACGGCCUCCUCUAUACAUGUUCAACGGCCCCUGCAUAUGCCGUGUCGUAUUUCCUUCCGAUGAUCUUGAACUCGAAAAUCGGCUUCGCGGCUGGGGUCUCUCAAAUUCUCACCACUCCUCCCUAUAUCUUCGCGGCCAUACAAAUGUAUUUUCAAGCUUCGCUAAGCGACAAGUACCGUCUUCGAAGUCCAGUCAUCCUGAUCAAUGUUCUGGAAUCCGUGCUCGGUCUGUGUUUGUUGUCCUGGGUCGAGAUCCCCGGAGUGCAACUUUUUGCCGUCUUCCUCGUCACUGCUGGCUGCAACGCGACUAUCCCCUGCGUCCUUUCGUGGCAGGCAAACAACAUUCGAGGCCACUGGACACGAACCUUCUGCAGCGCCACUCUGACCGGCAUGGGAGCUGUGGGAGGCAUUCUUGGUGCCUUGACAUUCCGUUCACAGGAUUUUCCGAACUAUUAUCCUGGCAUCUACACCGCACUCACUUGCAAUGGAGUCAUUGUACUGGUGACACUUUCACUGGUUUGGUAUCUCCGCAAACAUAACAAGUUGGCUGAUGAAGGGAAGGAGGUGAUUGCCGACCUGCCAGGAUUUCGAUACACUCUGUAACAGGACUACACUUGAGGAAGCUGUCCUUGCAUGGUAAAUAAAAUUCGAGCCAUUGACACCUCGCAUAGCUGGACCGAUUAGUAGGUAAUGGUGUGUCCCAGGGCAACCGGGAAAUAAAGUCGGUACUUACCUAGUAGUUAUGCUUAAAGAAAG